GUUCCACGUUCCAGGGUCCUGAGCCUGACCAAUCGGAAACCCUAAAACCGCGACUCAGGGACGAAAAACCAACAUACACAUUGGUCUUUGAUGUUUUUAGGCUGACUCAAAUGGUGCACGUCAAAAACCGAAACAGUAUCCGCCAUGUGAAGACUGAGAAGAUGGAUACUUGAGUACUUACCUGAUUAUUCGAUUCGAAUUCAGAGAAAGCCUAGCGUCUCAUUGCCGCUGUUUCAUAUACCCCAUUUAUACGACGCCUGUGUAGGUCUUUUUGGAUUGCAGAUCGUAGUGGCUCAUCAGGCUUCGCGCGAGAACCUCUCAAGACCUAGUAUUUCGGGAAGAUGUUGCUAAUAUAUUCCACAUGCCUCAUCUUUGCGAGGCGCGUGCUCGCAAUGCACGGACGCGAGGGAUCCCUCGACGGGGGCCGCAUUUUUUCAGCGGAUGAACUACCCCUGAGACGACCUCAUCCAACAGGAGUGGUAGUCUUCACCCCAGGCGUGUCUACAGAAGCGGGCAUGAUGGGGCAUUCGCGGUUUUCCGAGAGUACAGCAGUCGAGCAGAAUUCGGACUCGAUCGCAUGUCCUCCAGAGAGUGGUGGCAGUGUGGGAAGCAGUGGUGCAGCCGGAGGAUGUGGCGCGAAAGCUACUGCGAGGACGAGCAUUGGGUCGCAGUCGUCUGCAUCUGCGCAACAAGAGCUACAGGCGGCUACUACCGGCGCGUCUUCUCCUCCGAGCCCAACGUCGCUGAUAUCUCAGUCGACGACAUCUUCGCAUUCCCUAGGCGACGGCGGUUUCUCUCCUGGAGCAAUGACUUCGUUUCUGGAACUUUCCCCGUCCGCUGGAAAGUUGUCUUUGAGCCAGAUGGGCAACAUCGCGUUUUCUGUGGCCUCGUCAGCAGCAUCGCAUACGGCUUCGGGUCGAGCCAAUGUUAAGGCUCCUUUCAAUAAGAAUGCAGAUUCUUAUUUUCCUUCCCCAGAGAGAGACAGAAUGCAUGUUCUUUUCCUUCCCCUCAGAGAGACUACAGGUAAAAGAAAGAGUGCCAGUUCGUUCGUGGACCCUUAGACUGUAAGUUAUCGCGCCUCGUCACCUCUUUUUUGGAAUCUGACAAGGCUAGCAUGAGUUUAUAGAACCAGGAAGUACGAUUAUUUUGAGCACCUCUUCUAACAUUACGGAGUGCAAGCGUUGUCGUCCGAAUUUCAGCGUCUGCCCCGAAAAUUGGGAGCACCGCCAGGAUCAGAAGUGCUACCCGCCUGCUGGCUAUUCUGGGUAUUGUGGACCGUUUUCGCUCACCGAGCGCGACGAUGUCGAGAAAGAGGAAGCGGAAGUCUUUUAUGGUUGUGAGUGUGACGAACAAGAUAUUCAUGAUAUUUCUCGACUGGUUUACAUUUACCUUUACUUGUAGCAAUUGCAGAUGCAGAAGCAGUUCUUGAUUCCCACCAGGACUAGAAUUUCAUGAUUUAGCACCUCCAACUCCGCGUCCCACAACAUCUUCUUGAAACAUCGGUCACAAACAGAAAUUCUCCAACUUCCACCUCCUGACAUCUAGAAAAGGCAUAAUUUUCGUCUUUCAUUCCUCCUGUCGGAUGUGCUUCCCUUGUGCAACGCGCAGAUAAGCCAGCUAUUCGAGAUGAAUGCGAGAUGAUACUACAGAAGUCAAACCACGGGAUUCGUCGCUUUUCCAUCUUUUCGACGAGCCCUUAGCGGAACCAACAGACGGAAUGAUCAUGACCGAGAUGAGUAGAGGUUGAAUACGGUUACGAUACGACAUACACAUGAGUCAGUUGCAGCGGAGCGAGCAGGUUGCAGUUUGGAGAUGAUCUAGAAAAAAUGAACAGAUGAAUGUAUAAGAUGAACAAGAUCAAGGUGCUGCUGUUUUUUGUAACAAACGAACUACAGAUUGGGUAACGUCAUGUUGGAUUUGGCGCAGAUCGAGUCGUAAACUAAGGUGAUACUUAGUCAUACUGGAUAUGCUGACAUCAAGAAGUUAGUUUUUGAUCUUGUUCUUGCAUGCAAUGCAGCGAGUAAUGCGCAGUAUAAUACAUAGAUGGUCAGUUGCAAAAAUCUACUUAUCUACCACAGUAAUCAUGUCUUUUUUGUACUAGCAUAAUUGAAGUGGGUAGGAGGAAGAAUGAGUCGUGAUUUUCAAGACCGGGAGUAAAAGAAUGUAAAUGAUUGUUUUUGCAGAGAAGUGUAGUUGUCUAUUAUUUUUUCGAAAGCAAAAGAGAUAAGGCUUAAGCAUGAGCAUCCCCAUCAGUAGAAGAUUGUGUGAUGCGGAUGGAAAAACCGACCACGACAAAACAGAAACGGCGAGACGAUAUCGGAGAUGAAGAAGGGCAUUGGUUGUACUU